AUGUCUGUGUAUUAUGUUAAUGCGAGUGACGCUGAAGAAACAUUGGAUGAAAAUGGUAUUGCUCCUACAUCGGCCAUUACUCAGACACUGUCAGAAGCUCAUCAAGCAUUAGCAUCGUUUUGGCCAAGAGUUAAUGAAGAAAUUAAGAAAAUAAAAAUAAUGGAUUUAAAAGUUCAAGCUUUACCCUUAGCUAGAAUAAAAAAAAUUAUGAAGCUAGAUGAAGAUGUUAAAAUGAUUUCAGCUGAAGCUCCCAUGUUAUUUGCUAAAGCUGCUGAAAUGUUUAUUCACGAAUUGACGUUAAGGGCUUGGAUUCACACUGAAGACAAUAAAAGAAGAACUUUACAAAGAAAUGAUAUAGCCAUGGCCAUAACGAAAUAUGACCAAUUUGAUUUCCUUAUAGAUAUUGUUCCAAGAGAAGAAAUUAAACCUGCUUCUGUUAAAAGUGAAACAAAUAAAACAGCAGCCAUUAAUUCUGAUCAAGUUCAUUAUUAUUUUCAAUUAGCUCAACAACAUCAGCAAGCACUGCAAAAUACGAAUGCGGAAAACACGAGCACCGCACAGACGGUAACUUCGUCGAGUAAUUCAACCGUAACAAAUUCUGUACCUAAUUCUAAUACUAAUCAAGUAAUACAAAAUACUCCAUCGACGGGUGGUCUACAAAUAGUUCAUCAAAUUGUUACCCCUAAUGGAGAAGUUCAAAGUAUUCCAUUACAGUUAACUCCUCAACAACUUCAAAUGAUUAGAAUGCAACUGCAAAACAAUUCAAAUCAACCGGUUAUUUUACAAACGGGUCCAGUUCAAGUGUCUGCAAAUAAUGCAAUUCAAGUUGCUCCCCAAGGAACUCAAGUUUUUCUCACUCCAGCAACCGCACAAUCAGACCCGGAAUGA